ACGUGUUCAGUUAGCCGACUGCGCAUGCGUGUCUUUUUGUGAAGUGUUUGUUCGUCCGUGUGUAACAGAAGAAGACGAUGGGUCGCAUGCACACUCCAGGUAAGGGAAUUUCUUCGUCAGCUUUGCCCUACAGACGCAGCGUUCCCACUUGGUUGAAGCUGUCGGCUGAUGAUGUUAAAGAGCAGAUCUACAAGUUGGCUAAGAAAGGCCUAACUCCUUCUCAGAUUGGUGUUAUACUGCGUGAUUCUCACGGUGUAGCUCGGGUUAGGAAUGUAACAGGCAACACAAUUCUACGAAUUCUUCGAGCAAAGGGUCUAGCGCCAUCUCUUCCUGAAGAUCUUUAUCAAUUGAUCAAGAAGGCGGUCGCUGUACGGAAACAUCUUGAAAAGAACAGGAAGGACAAAGAUGCUAAGUUCAGGUUGAUUCUGAUUGAGAGCAGAAUACAUCGAUUGGCAAGAUAUUACAAGACCAAGGCUAUGCUGCCUCCCAAUUGGAAAUACGAGUCGUCUACUGCGUCUGCUCUGGUUGCUUGAUUGCUUGAAGAGUAGUUGGACUUGACACUCUUACAUUGUGCUUAGCAGUAGAUUUUUUCAUUAGCCAAUAAAAAUGCUGCUUGCUAUGCAUGGGAA